AUGGGAUGGCCAGGCCUUAAGCUAAAACUGCUAAUGAAAGAAAGAGGGUUUUAUGCCCCUUUGAAUGGCCAGUUUUCCCCAGAGGGGGGGAAAAAGGAGUUUAUUUUAGGCUCAGAGGAUAUAAACUUGCAGAGCCCAUCCCUGAGCGAGGGAGGCCCGAGGACUGUGGGGAAAGAGAAAAGCCAAGUGACAUUAGAAGAGGACUAGGAUAAUUAAAGCACCAGCCUCCAUGACUUCAACUGAACCCAGGCUCCGGGUUAUUUAUUUAUAAGGGAGGAACAACGAUGGCUGAACAGAGGAUUGUGGUACCCAAAGAAGCAGGACCUGAGAAUGAGGGAAGAGACCCUCUCAUUGUUCAAGUCAGGACCACAGGGGACUGUUUGACCGGCAACGGCCCAUCCUGCAUUAAUCUGCAGUCCCAGGAGGAAAUCCACCAAUGCUGGGACUUUCAUUUGCAGAAAUUCCUGAAAACUGUGGCGGUGCUUCCCGCAGCACUGCCUCCCUUGGAGGAAAAUGCCACAGAAUCGCAGGCCUCCAUGGGGAGAGACAAGGAGAAUCCCCAGCAAGAGAUUUCUGGGUGGUCCAGAGGGGAAUCCGUGCUCCAAAGAGAUCCAAACAUCAGUGCGAAAGCUUGGACGGGCAGGGAAAAGCUGGAUUUCUGCAUGAAGGUGAAGGUGAAAGAGACUUUGAAGGAAGUUGACCAGUGGCCCCUGCAGCUCAGACAGUUCGGCCCACAGGAUGCUGAGCAGCACCAGGAGAUGUCUUCAAAGAGAAAGAGCUCCGGUACAACCGAAGGAAGUAAAAAGAAGCAAAGGAAAGUCAUCAGCCUCAAUUUGAAGAUGAAGAUCAUCAAAGCGUACGAGGCCGGGAAGAAAGUGACGAAUAUAGCUCAAGAGGAAGGCCUGGCCCACUCCACCAUCUCCGCCAUUUUGAAGGACAAGGAACGGAUCAAAGAGGCCACGAAAGGAUCAUCGGGAAUGACCACGAGCAUAAUCAGGAAGCAAAAACACCUCGUCCACGAAAUGGAGAAACUCCUCAUCCUCUGGAUUGAAGAUCAGAUACAGAAGAGGCUUCCGGUGAGCCUGUUUCUCAUUCAGAACAAGGCACGCAGCCUUUUCUCCACGCUGAAAGAACGAGCAGGCGAGGAGUGCACCGAAACCUUCACGGCCAGCCGUGGCUGGUUUAUGAGAUUCCAGCUAAGAUUUCAUUACCAGAAAACGCAGAGAUUAGGUAAAGCUGACAAAGAAGCCGGCAAACACUUUCCGGAUGAACUUGAUAAUGUUGUAGCGGAAGGGAACUAUUUCGCGGAACAGAUAUUCAGAGUGGAUGAAACUGGGUUGUAUUGGAAAAGAAUGCCGGAGCGGACCUACAUACACCGAGAAGCCCAAGCAAUGCCUGGGUGCAAAGCAUUCAAGGACAGAGUAACCUUACUCUUGGGUGGAAACGUCGCCGGAUUCAAGCUGACGCCGUUCCUGAUCCUUANCUCGCUGUUGUCACCCUGUUGA